AUUUGUAUCUUGUCUUUCCCCUGUCCUUCUUCCUGUCUUCGUUUCUGCAUCUGUGUCUCGCCCUCUCUAUCUCUCUGUUGUAUCUCUCUCCGCACCCCAGCUGGAUUUCACUCGGCAGGACUGGUCAUGGAGCUGUGGAUUUUUGCCUUGAUACUAGUGACCACAGCCUGGGCUGAAGACCAAGACAAGGUAAUGGAUGGCCAAAACUGUGGAGAAGACGGACAUCCCUAUCAGGCUGCCCUCUUCUAUUCCAACCACUUACUGUGUGGUGGAGUCCUCAUACACCCCCAGUGGGUUCUCACUGCUGCUCAUUGUCAAAAACCGAAACUACAGGUUCUCCUGGGCAAGAACAACAUUCAGCAAUGGGAACGAAAUCAGCAGCUGAGCCCAGUGGUCCAGGCUAUCCCACAUCCAGCCUAUGAUAAGUCUCGACAUGAUAAUGACAUCAUGCUAUUGAAAUUGCCUCGGGCCGUACCUCUGUCUUCACAUAUCCAACCUCUGGCUCUUCCCUGGGAAUCAGACUGCAGAGAUAAUUCCAAAUCAUCCUGCCGCAUCUCUGGCUGGGGCAAGACAGAUGAUCAGGAACAUUACCCAGAUUUACUCCAAUGUGCCUCCAUCCACCUGGUCCCUCACAAGAUCUGUGAGCAGUCCUAUCCCAACCAGAUCACAUCCAACAUGGUGUGCGCAGGAGAAAAGGAGAGUGGAAAAGACUCUUGCCAGGGUGAUUCUGGUGGACCCCUAGUGUGUAAUGGACGUCUUCGUGGUCUGGUGUCCUGGGGGAGGGUUCCCUGUGGUACAGCCCAGAAGCCAGGAGUCUACACUGAUGUUUGCAAAUACUAUGAUUGGAUCCGAAGGACAAUUCGAGCCAACUGACUGACCUUUGCAGCUACUGAUCUCUGACUCUACUGGCUGAUUCUGUGUACUCAUGUAUCAUAUAAUCCAGUCCUUUUCUUCUCUUCUCCUGCCACAAGUUGUGCACAAAGAAUUAAUAAAUUCAGUAACCUGGAAUUGGAUAUCUUUUCUGAUCCCUUAAUCCAAAUCAAUAUCCCUUCUUGAGAUCAGUUUUUUCCCUUUC